UCGCAACCCAGAACAUUCUACCACCUUCACACUCCCCCACUUUCAAAUACCUUGCUCACAAGAACCAUCACAAGAUCGUUCAGUAUGGCUUCAGAUAACCAUCAUAACUCGGAAUGGGAUGCCAAACGUGUUCGAGACACUUUUCUUCAAUAUUUUAAGGAAAAUGGCCACACAUUUGUUGCAUCGUCCCCUGUUGUUCCCCAUUCUGACCCUACGCUACUGUUCACCAAUGCUGGAAUGAACCAGUUCAAGUCGAUCUUUCUGGGCACAGUGGAUCCUAAUUCCGACUUUGCAAACCUGAAGAGUGCAGUCAACUCACAAAAGUGCAUUCGUGCAGGAGGAAAGCACAAUGAUCUUGACGAUGUGGGAAAGGAUAGUUAUCAUCAUACCUUCUUUGAAAUGCUUGGGAAUUGGAGUUUUGGAGAUUAUUUUAAGGAGGAUGCGAUUCGCUAUUCCUGGGAACUAUUAACCAAGAUCUAUGGCUUAGAUCCCCAGCGCCUCUAUGUUACCUAUUUCGAAGGCAACCCGGAGGGGGGCCUGGAGCCAGAUCUAGAGGCAAAGAAUCUGUGGAGAGCCGUUGGCGUCCCAGAGGAUCAUAUCCUGCCCGGAAAUAUGAAAGACAAUUUCUGGGAGAUGGGUGAUCAGGGUCCCUGUGGUCCUUGCAGUGAAAUCCAUUAUGACCGUGUCGGUGGACGUAAUGCAGCCCACUUGGUCAACCAAGAUGACCCCAAUGUUCUGGAAAUAUGGAACAACGUCUUCAUUCAGUACAACCGUGAGUCAGAUCGGUCAUUGCGACCGUUGCCCAACAAGCAUGUGGACACCGGAAUGGGGUUCGAAAGGUUGGUGUCGGUCUUACAACACAAGUCGUCGAAUUACGAUACGGAUGUUUUUACCCCCAUAUUUGAAACCAUCCGAGAUGUCACCGGAGCAAGGGAAUACCGUGGUUUCUUUGGUACCGAUGAUCCUGAUGGUAUCGAUACUGCCUAUCGUGUCAUUGCGGACCACGUUAGGACCCUGAUGUUUGCAAUUUCAGACGGUGCGGUUCCCAAUAAUGAUGGCCGCGGCUAUGUCAUUCGUCGCGUUCUACGUAGGGGAGCUCGUUACGCCAGGAAGUACUUCGGGGUCGAGAUCGGCAACUUCUUUUCCAAAAUUGUCCCUACUGUCGUUGAUCAACUCGGAGAUAUGUUUCCGGAGUUGAGAAAGAAGCAGCUCGACGUCAUGGAAAUACUUGAUGAAGAAGAGAUGUCGUUUGCUAAGACUUUGGAUCGUGGCGAGCGACAGUUUGAACAUUAUGCUCAGCAGGCCAAGGUCAAGGGAGACGAUAAACUCCAUGGCGCUGAUGUUUGGAGACUCUAUGACACCUUCGGUUUCCCAGUCGACCUCACUCGCAUAAUGGCAGAAGAACGCGGGCUACGGAUCGAUGACCGUGAGUUUGAGGAUGCGCGCUUAAGGGCCAAAGAGGCAAGCAGAGGCCAGAAGAAGACUGCUUCGGAGACGGUCAAGUUGGACGUUCAUGACCUAGGCAAACUGGAAACCAUGAAUGACGUUCCCAAAACUGACGACAGUGCCAAAUUUGGGAAGGGCAACAUUACCGCUCAGAUAAAGGCUAUAUACCAUGGCAAAACGUUCCAUUCGUCCACCAACGAUGUACCGGACGGCGAGCAAUUAGGAAUUAUUCUUGAUCUGACAAAUUUUUAUGCUGAACAGGGUGGACAAGAGAACGACACAGGUAGGAUCGUUAUCGAUGGACAGGCCGAGCUUGAGGUCGGUGAUGUCCAGCUUUAUGCUGGGUACGUACUUCAUACUGGGUUCAUGAAGUACGGUUCUUUCUCUGUGGGUGACAGCGUCAUCUGUGAAUACGACGAAUUACGUCGGUGGCCUAUUAGGAACAACCACACAGGGACGCAUAUUCUUAAUUUCGCCCUCAGGUCUGUCCUGGGAGAGAGUGUGGAGCAAAAGGGAUCCCUCGUUGCCGCCGAAAAGCUGAGGUUCGAUUUCUCUCAUAAAUCGGCCAUUUCGGACAAGGAUUUGGCCAGAGUAGAGGAAAUCUCAACCGAAUAUAUUCGCCAGAACUGUGCCGUUUACUCCCAGGAACUUCCUCUUGCAACAGCUCGAGAGAUUUCGGGAGUCCGAGCUGUUUUUGGAGAGACAUACCCUGACCCAGUCCGUGUUGUCUCUGUUGGUGUGGAAUUGAGUGAAAUAUUGCAAAAUGUGAAGGAUCCUCGCUGGAAGGAGGUUAGUAUUGAAUUUUGUGGUGGCACUCACGUGCAGAAGACAGGGGACAUCAAAGAUCUUAUCAUCUUGGAAGAGGGCGGUAUUGCUAAAGGCAUUCGAAGAAUCAUUGCUGUUACCGGAGAAGAAGCUCACGAAGUGCAGCGAUUGGCAGCAGAGUUUCAGAAGCGGCUGGAUAGUUUGGAAGCGAUGCCUAUGACCCCAGAGAAAGAAAAAGAAGCAAAACAAAUCCAGGGCGAGCUUAACCAGCUUUCAAUCUCCGCGGUUCAGAAAUCUAACUUCCGUGAACGAUUCGCCUGUAUCAACAAGGGAAUUAUCGACGGCCAGAAGGCGCAACAAAAGCUUGAAUCAAAAGUUGCCCUUGAGACUAUAAGCAACUUUUUCCAAGCCCCGGAGAAUCAAGACAGGUCAUGUCUUGUUACUAAACUCCCAAUCUCUGCGAACUCGAAAGCCAUCAGUGAGUCGCUGAAUUACGUCAAAUCCAAGUUGCCCGAGAAGACAGUAUAUGUUUUGGCUGCAAGUGCCGAACAGGGUCGUGUUGCCCACGGUUGUUAUGUCUCCAAGACAUCAAGCGAACAAGGUGCCUCGGCUAGCGAAUGGGCAGCUGUUGUCUCUAGCGCGGUCGGAGGAAAGGCGGGUGGGAAGGGACCUACCUCGGUAGGCAAUGGAGUACAUCCUGACAAAAUUGACGAAGCCGUCACUCUGGCUUCUGAAUACCUUGCUAAAUUGAAGCUGUAGGUUGUUGGUCAUACUGAGACUGACCCUCCCUUCCUGGGGUUUUGUUCAUGCCUCUCAGUGACAGUACGUUUUAUAUAAAAAAUUAUAUGCCAUUUAUCCGUACCAGUAAA